AUGGCGCAGACAGACGUGCUGGUGACCAAGCAGCCGGCGCCGCAGUCGGUGCCGCCCUGCGAGCUGCCCUGCAAGGUGUACGAGGUGGCCCGCAACACGGGCGCCCACACGUCCGCGGGCCUGGCCACCGCCGGCUUCCGCACGGCCAAGUAUCUGGAGGACGAGUGGUUCCAGGCCUGCUACGCCCGCUACCACCAGGCCUUCGCGGACCGCGACCAGUCGGAGCGGCGGCGGCACGAGAGCCGGCAGCUGGCGGCGGGGACGGAGGCGCUGGCGCAGCGCACGCAGCAGGACUCCACGCGGAAGGUGGGCGCGCGGCUGCAGGACACGCACUGCUGGAAGUCGGAGCUGCAGCGCGAGGCGGACGGGCUGGCCGCCGACACCGGCCUGCUGCUGGCCGAGAAGCGGCGGCUGGAGCGCGCCCUGGACGCCACCGCCGUGCCCUUCGCCAUUGCCACCGACAGCCUGCAGUGCCGCGAGCGCCGCCAGCACCCCGACCUCGUGCGCGACCGCGUGGAGACGGAGCUGCUGAAGGAGGCAGAGCUCAUCCGGAACAUUCAGGAGCUGCUGAAGAGAACCAUCGCGCAGGCCGUCAACCAGAUCCGGCUGAACCGGGAGCACAAGGAGACCUGCGAGCUGGACUGGUCGGACAAGGUGGAGGCCUACGGCAUCGACGAGCGCUGCGCGCGCUACAGCAGCCAGAGCACCGACGUGCAGCUCCACCCGCACUCGGCCGCGCACGCUGAGAGCACCUCCACGCCAGAGACCUGGGCCAAGUUCACCCAGGACAACCUGUGCGGCGCCCAGCGUGAGCGCCGGGCCUCGGCCAACCUGCGCGUGCUCAUCGACUGCGUCCUGCGGGACACGGCGGAGGACCUGCGGCUGCAGUGCGACACUGUCAACCUGGCACUCACGCGCCGCUGCGAGGAGCUGGAGGACGCGCGCCACAAGCUGCAGCACCACCUGCACGAGACGCUGCGGGAGAUAGCGGGCCAGGAGCGCAACGUGGCGGCGCUGAAGCAGGCCAUCAAGCACAAGGAGGCGCCCCUGCGCGUGGCACACACCCGGCUGUACCAGCGCUCACAGCGGCCCAACGUGGAGCUGUGCCGAGACACCGCCCAGUUCAGGCUGAUGAGCGAGGUGGAGGAGCUCAACAUGUCCCUCGCGGCACUGAAGGAGAAGCUUCUGGAAGCCGAGCAGUCGCUGCGCAACCUGGAAGACACGCGCAUGAGCCUGGAGAAGGACAUCGCGGUCAAGACCAACAGCCUCUUCAUCGACCGCCAGAAGUGCAUGGCGCACCGCGCCCGCUACCCCACCGUCCUCAGGCUGGCCGGCUACCAGUGACCUGGCCACGUGUCACCCCCACCCCGAAUAAAGAGCACGUUGGCUUUC